UUAAUCCAUGUUUUCACCAAAUAAUUUAAUACAAAUCCAAAAUCUUGAUCAAUUAUUCUCUAUCAGUGUUCCCAUUACCUGACGGUCCUAUCGCCCUCUCUCUUUGAAAGAAUUAAAAAUCAGCUGAUUCUGCUCAAAGCUUCAACCUUUGAAUCUCUCAUUUUAAAAAGAUCGCAACUUUCCCUCUCCUCAUCUCUCUCUUAACUACAAACUCUUCAAACAUAUCUUGAUAGGUUAGAUGCUGUUCAUUUAUCUGAAAAGGAGGCUUUGGCUCUAUUACAGAACCUCCCUGCUUCUGUUUGGCUCUUUGCUGUUCAGUAGAUUGGUUGGGGUUUUGCUUUAGCUGUUGGCGUUUCUGGGCUUCCUCUGGCAAGUUGGAGUUCGGGAGCUUUUGAGUUGGAGGAGAUCGAUGUCUAUCAAAAAGGCAUUUGUGAGCAUGAGGAAGAAUGGAAAUUCCCACCCAGGAAGGUUGUUUGGUGAUAGAAGAUGGCUUAUUCCAUUCUUUACAAGCUUGCUUGUGUUUUUAAUCCUGUUCUCUUCAGCUACUUUUGGGGUAUUUACAUCUUCUUAUGGGGUAGAGAAGGUUCCAUUUGACACUGUUUCAUAUAAAAGGCCGGAGAACUCAAAUGGGUAUUUUGUAGAAUCAGAUUUAAAGAAAUGGUUUAAUAGAAGUAGGUAUUCAGAAUUGGAACCGCCUAGAUUAGCUUAUCUCAUUUCAGGGACGAAGGGUGAUAGUCAAAGAAUGAUGAGGACUUUGCAGGCUGUGUAUCAUCCUAGAAACCAGUAUAUCCUACAUUUGGAUCUUGAGGCACCCCCUCGAGAAAGGUUGAUGUUGGGAGUGUAUGUGAAGAGUGAUUUGACGUUUCAAGAAGUUGGGAAUGUGCGUGUAAUGGCACAGUCCAACUUGGUGACUUACAAGGGGCCUACUAUGAUUGCCUGUACCCUUCAAGCAAUUGCAAUCAUGUUGAGGGAGAGCUUGGAGUGGGACUGGUUUAUCAAUCUCAGUGCUUCAGAUUAUCCUCUUGUGACACAAGAUGAUCUGCUCCAUGUGUUCUCAAAUUUGUCUAGAAAUCUUAAUUUCAUUGAACACACACGGCUAACUGGAUGGAAAAUGAACUCCAGGGCAAAACCAAUUGCUAUUGAUCCAGGCCUUUACUUAUCAAAGAAAUCCGACCUUUCUUUGACCACUCAACGUCGAUCACUGCCCACUUCUUUCAAGUUGUUUACUGGUUCAGCAUGGAUAAUGCUAACUCGAUCGUUUCUUGAGUACUGUAUAAUGGGAUGGGAGAACCUUCCACGAACUAUCCUCAUGUACUAUACAAAUUUCGUCUCCUCUCCUGAAGGAUAUUUCCACACUGUUAUUUGCAACACUGAAGAAUUCCAAGACACAGCCAUAGGCCAUGAUCUCCACUACAUAGCCUGGGACAACCCUCCUAGGCAGCACCCCCUCUCGUUGACAAUGAAAGACUUCGAUAAAAUGGUUAAAAGUAAUGCCCCAUUUGCCAGGAAAUUUGCAAGGGAUGAUCCCGUUUUAGACAAGAUUGAUAAAGAGAUUCUAAACCGCACAAGCAGGUUUGCUCCUGGAGCAUGGUGCAUUGGCAGCUCAGGCAAUGGAUCUGAUCCAUGCUCCGUGCGUGGUAAUUAUUCCCAAUUUCGACCAGGUCCUGGUGCUGAAAGGUUGCAAGAACUGCUUCAGUCAUUGCUGUCCGAAGAUUUUCGAAAAAAACAGUGUUCAUGAUGAAAUAAAAUUUUGACAUAACUUUGAAUUGUACAUUGGUAUAUUCAUAGAUCAUACAGCUUGUGUACACAACAAAACUGUUUUUUAAGAUGAAAUUGUAACAGUUACGUUGUAUUU